UACAGUCGACGUCGGGCGUCGCGACGCCGAACAUCACACGAAAAUCCGGAAAUUCCGUGGACGUUUUCAGACUACGAGAAUAAGCUUUGUUGUUGUGUAGUGGUUGAACUCGGUCUUUGUUGCGGAUUCUUUCAAAGUUUAACAUUUAGACAAAAAAUUGUUGAGAAGUGAGAAUAAGAAUUCUGUUGUUGGUGUUGAAUUUAAUUUUUUUUUUGUAAAUCUUAUUGAGUUGAGGUGGAAUAAUGAAGGAGAAAAAAACGAAAAAGAAACUUCAUUAAGUUGUGUUUAAAACAGGGAAAGAAAAACUUAAAAGAUUUUCAUUAAAAAAUUAAUGGAGGUGUGUUGUAACGAAAUGUGAUGAAUGAAUAAAGUGAAUGAAGAUUUUUUGUGUGGAUUAGGACAACAUUGAAGUUUUGAAAAAAUAAAAGAAAAUGUUCUCUUCGAUAACAAUCCCAUCGAUGUCCGGCUCCUGAUGGCGCUAAAUGGCGCCCACUUGUUCACCCUAAUUGUAACGGCAGGACUCCUCAUUACAACCUGCCCAAGGGCUCAAGAAGACAUAGAAGUCCACUGUCCGGACGUCCAUCAAAACCCAUCGUGUCCCUGUUACAGUUUUGAAGACGGAAUUUUUCUAGAAUGCCCAGCGGCGACAUCAAACUCACUAAGACAAGUUUUAAAAACCGUCCACGGUCCAAUCCAAUCAUUAAGCGUCUACGACCUGGACAAAUCCAUAACGAAAUUGUCGUCAGAUUUUUUCCCAGAUGGAACCGUCAUCAAACAUUUACAAAUUUCCCAAUCGAAUAUCGAGGAAUUACUCGAUGACGCAUUGUUCGUUUUAAAACCGGAAAUUGAAUCGAUUAGUUUAUUAUCGGGACAAUUAAAAGAAAUUCCCCAGAAAGCUUUUAGCGGUUUGCUAAAGUUAAUCGCUUUAGAUUUGGAAUCGAAUGAAAUUUCUGAUUUACCAAGUUAUAGUUUUUACGGGUUAAACUUGAUUAAAUUGAACGUGAAAGGGAAUAAAGUUUUAAAAAUUUCCGAGUAUGGUUUUGCUGGAUUAGAAGGAACUUUAACCGAAUUGGAUUUAUCCGAAAAUCGAUUACAAUAUUUUCCAAUAACAUCAUUAAGGCGAUUGGAUCGAUUAAAAAUAUUAAAAUUAGCUUGGAACGAAAUUAAUAGGAUACAAGAUGAUGGUUACUCAAGAUUGGACGCUUUAUUAUAUUUAGAUUUGAGCUCAAAUAAUUUCGAAGAUUUAGGCGAAGAAUGUUUUAAACCAACCCCGUCCGUAAAAACUUUAAGUUUAUAUUACAACAUCAUCGAAAGCGUCCACCCAAACGCGUUUAUUUCUUUAAUUAAUUUAGAAUCGAUCGAUUUGAGUCAUAAUAAAAUCGUCUUUUUGGAUUCGCAAACGUUUCAAUCGAAUAAAAAUUUGAGGUCGAUCGAUUUAAGUCAUAAUCACAUCCAUUAUAUUAACGGUUUAUUUUCGAGAUUACCAGAACUUAAAGAACUUUUAUUAUCGGAGAAUAACGUCCUUGAAAUACCGUUAGAUGCUUUUACUGAUUCGGAAAAUAUCACGAUUAUUUAUUUACAACAAAACGCAAUAAGACAAAUUCAUCCAAACUCGUUGACAACUUUAAUUAAUUUAUCUCAACUUCAUUUGAGUUCGAAUUUUAUCCCGAUUAUCCCGAAAGAUUUAUUUAUUGAAAAUAAAAAUUUAACAUCGUUAAGUUUAGAUUCAAACUUAAUCGUUGAUUUGGAUCCAGGAACUUUUGAUAAGACCGUGUCUUUAAAAGAGAUUCGGCUUCAUAAUAAUCGUAUCAAAACGAUUUAUCGCGGAGUUUUUGACCCUUUACCGUCGUUGUUAGAGCUUCACCUACAAAAUAAUUUGAUUUCAACGAUUGAUGUUGGCUCAUUUCGAACGUUACAAAGUUUACAGCACGUCAAUUUGCAAGGGAAUGAAAUCGUCGAAUUGGAAGACGUUUUUAUGAGAGAAUCACCGUCGUUAAUUUCAAUACAAUUGGAUUCGAAUCGAAUCGUUUCGUUAAGUAACGAUUCAUUAAAAGGACAAUCGAGCGUUCAAAUAAUGUGGUUAAGUCAUAAUAAAUUAAAAAAAUUAGAUAGGGCUUUAUUUCGGGAUUUAUUAUUGAUACAGAGAGUUUAUUUAAAUAAUAAUAGUAUUAAUACGAUUGAGGAUAAGACUUUCGAACCGAUGCAAGCUUUAAAAUUCCUCGAUUUGAGUAUAAAUCAAUUAAAAGUUAUAACCACGACUACGUUCGCUGAAUUACACGAUUUAGAAGAACUUUAUUUAGCUGGGAAUGGAAUCGAAAUGAUCGAACAGAAAGCUUUGGUUAAUUUGAAAAAGUUAAGGGUUUUAGAUUUAUCGAAUAAUUUAUUGAGUGUUCUCCAAGAGGAUGUUUUUCAAGAACGUUUACCGAUAAGAUUUCUUAAUUUGAUGAAUUCAACCAUUAAAACGAUCGAAAAAGGUGCUUUCAACGGUUUAAACAACUUAAACGAGCUUAACUUAGAAGAAAACAACUUGGAAAUCUUCGAUUUAAAACACUUAGACAUCGAGGGAUUACGAAUUCUAAAACUUGGAGGAAAUAAUUUCACAUUCUUCGAUAAUUCUUUAUCGAAAUUACCAUCCCUUCAAUAUUUAUCGAUUCAAUUUUGCAACAUCACGAGAAUAUCGAAAGAUGUUUUUACGAAAAAUAAAAAUCUAAUUAAAAUUGAUUUAACUGAAAAUUUAUUGGUCGACUUAAAACGAGAGGUUUUCGAGAAUUUAGGGGUUCUAAAAGAAUUGAAAUUGGGGGGAAAUAAUUUUAGCGAAAUUCCGUUUUUAGCGCUAAACAUUUCUAGUUUAGAAACGUUAUCGUUGGAUAGAAAUAAAAUUUCUUCGUUCGAAGCGAACAAAUUAAACAAAUUGGUGAAUUUGAAAGAUUUAGAUUUAAGUGGAAAUCGGAUUUCUUCAAUUUCCGGGUUUGCGUCUUUAAAUCUGAGCCAAUUAACGUCGGUGGAUUUGAGUUCGAAUCAAUUGGCUGCGUUACCGACGAAUUUUUUUCAUUUUUCUUUACAAUUAAAGCGAAUUCAUUUGGCUGAAAACCGAUUUAGACAAAUACCAACUUCCGCUUUAUCAGAAACAACUUUACCCAAUUUAAAUUGGUUAAAUUUAACCGGAAAUCCUUUGGUGAGAGUCCACGAUAUUGGGAUUACAGGGAAAUAUCCCGUUUUGGAAGAAAUUUACAUCACACACACAAAUUUAACGAUUGUAACCAGUAAAGAUUUUGAAUCUUUCCCAUCUUUACAACACAUUUACUUGGGAAAUAAUAAAAUUAGCCGGAUUUCUCCUGGUGCUUUUGGAAGCCUCCCAAAUUUAUUAACAUUAGAUUUAAGGAUAAAUGAGUUGGAGUUAUUACCGCAAGAAAGAUUACAAGGUUUAACUCAUUUAAGAUUAUUAAAUUUAACUCAAAACAAAUUAAAAGAACUUGAGGAGUUCCCAAUUGAUUUAAAAUCGUUACAAAUUCUUGAUUUAUCUUACAAUCACAUCGGAAGGAUUGGAAAAUCGGUUUUUCAACACUUAGAUAAUUUAGUUGAGCUUUAUCUCUUCGGAAAUUGGAUAUCUUCAGUUUCAACGGAUGCAUUUAAGCCGUUAAAAAAACUAAGGAGUUUGGAUUUAAGCAGGAAUUAUUUGGAAAAUAUCCCAUUGAGUGCUUUUCGCCCUUUGGAAACUCAAAUAAGAUCUUUAAGAACUGAAGAAAACCCUUUAUCGUGUAGUUGCGAUUCUCACGAAUUGUGGGAAUGGUUGAGGGAUCAUCAGAAAUUGGUCGACCCGGCUUUGCAUUCGUUAAAAUGCGAGCAUCCCCCCGAAUUAAGAGGGAGAGUUUUUUUGAAUUUAAAACCGGAGCAGUUUUGUGAUCAACCCUUAAUUAUAAAAUUGGCGAUUCAGGAUAUCCAACCUUUCUCGGUUUUAGUUUCCUGGCAAAGUAGGAAUCAUUCGGGUCUUCAUGGAUAUCAAGUUGUUUAUCAUUCUAUUGAUGGACUUGAUGAAGUAAGUGAAAUCUCGAUAUAAGAUUUGUUAUAACUU